AUGACGGUCAAUAAUUUGAAGGAAUAUCAUCCGCAAAAAUAUUAUUUAAAAAUAAUCUGUCAUUUAUUAUAUUACUUUGGGUUAGGAGAUUUUUGGUAUGAAAAAACAAAACAUAAUAUCAUACAAAAGAUUAUAUACAAAUCAUGGGUAAUAAUAGCAAAUGCUUUUAUAUUUCUUAUGAUUAUAAACGAAUUCUUAUCAUAUCUUCGGAAAGAUUUAAAUGUUAAAGAAAAAGGGGAUUUGAUUUUAUUUAGUUUCGCGCAUCCUUCGAUAGCCGCUAAAAUAUUAGUGUUUUAUAUAAAACGAAGGGAAAUAAUGGAUACGUUGAAGAUGUUGUUGGAAAGGAAAGAGAAAUUUUAUAAUCAGCCAACGCUUGAUAAACGUUCUGUGAAGCGAGCUAGAUUCUACUGCACCUGUUUGCUUAUCAAUAUUUUUGUGAUACUAAUAAGCGCGACGAUCGAGGGCAUUAAAAAUUAUUUACAAGAGGGAAUACCAAUACGUACUGAAGUUACAUAUUUACCGUAUCAGGAAAACUCCGGUAUCUCAGUUAACGUCUUUAGAUUCUUCGUACAAUUCCACUGGUGGUUCCUAAUGGCUAUCAUGUAUUCGAUCGACUCUCUAUCAAUAUGUUCCUUAGUUUUCCUAAGUUACAAAUUUAAGGAAGUUCGACUUCAUUUCAACAGUUGUAGGAUUAAAAUGUUAAAAUUGUCAAAGGGCAAACAAGAUUUAAUUGAUGAGUUAUUCGAACGGAAUUUUACCGUCGGAAUUAAACUACAUCAAGAUGCUUUAAGAUGUGCCCGAAAAAUUCAAACGUCUCUUGGAAAUCUUUACACAGUACAAGUUGUGGAAAGUAUAUCAAUGCUUGUGAUAUGUCUUCUGAAACUAAUGUUAACAGUACGUGACAUAGCUUCUUUGGUAAAGAAUUUUAUGUUCAUAUCAUGCGUGCUUUUACUAAACGGAACAUAUAUGAUGUCUGGAGGUGACGUCACUCAUGAGGCGUCUUUGAUCUCGGAUUCCGUUUUCCACUGCGGCUGGGAAUACAGCAGGGCGCGCAGGGGUCUACGUAACCUGGUCGUGAUAACGUUGCAGCAAAGUCAGGUGCCGAUAUGCAUGACCGCUUUCGGCGUCUUAUUUUUGUCCUACAAUAGUUUCAUUACAGUUCUCCGACUGUCAUAUUCAUUUUUUGCCGUAAUGUAUUAG